UGCGGCUAGUCACACAAAUACAGUGUGCUACAUUGUGAUAUUUUACUUCGGCUUUGUCAUUUCUUUCAACAAUUUGUUAGGUAUUGAAAAAUGGGUUCUCGAAACCAAGAGGUAUCAUGGGUGGAGAAUGGUGGAAACGUGAAGGGAUUGAGCAGGGAGAAUAGACAUGGAAGAACCGCACAUAACAUGUCUUCUUCUUCAUUGCGCAAGAAAUCUGACCUCACUCUUGUGUCUAAGGUUCGCUAUGAUCUUCUUAGGAACUUGUUGGCUAACUUGCAAGAGGUUAUUCUUGGAACCAAGCUUGCUAUUCUUUUCCCUGCUAUUCCCCUUGCAAUAGUUGCUCAAUGGUUUGACUUUGGAAGACCAUGGGUUUUUGCCUUCAGUUUACUUGGUCUUACUCCACUUGCCGAACGUGUCAGUUUCUUGACAGAACAACUUACUUAUUACACUGGUCCCACAGUGGGAGGAAUUUUGAAUGCAACAUGUGGAAAUGUGACAGAGCUCAUCAUAGCAAUUUUUGCCCUUAGCAAUAACAAAAUUGUUUUGGUCAAGUAUUCCCUCUUGGGUUCCAUAAUUUCCAAUCUUCUUCUUGUUCUUGGAACAUCUCUAUUAUGUGGCGGCCUUGCAAACCUUAGACAGGAACAAAAAUAUGACAGAAGACAAGCAGAUAUGAACUUGCUGAUGCUCUUUCUGGCAUUGCUGUGCUACUUGCUGACACUGUUGUUCCAUUAUAGUGGUGCCUCAGCAAGUGACAGUACUGACUCAUCUCUGCAGUUGUCAAGAGCUGCUAGCAUUGUUAUGGUGAUUGCAUAUUGUGCUUACCUUGUCUUCCAACUCUGGACUCACCGGCAGCUAUUUGAAGCCGAAGAAGAAGAUGAUGAAGAGGGUGGCAAUGAUUCAGAAGAAGCAGUGAUAGGAUUCUGGAGUGGGUUUGUUUGGCUGGCUGGAAUGACUGUGAUCAUUGCUGUACUGUCUGAAUAUGUGGUGCAAACAAUUGAGGAUGCAUCUGAUUCAUGGGGCUUGUCUGUUAGCUUCCUCAGCAUAAUCUUGCUACCAAUAGUUGGAAAUGCAGCUGAACAUGCAGGAGCAGUCAUUUUUGCUUUCAAGAACAAACUGGACAUUUCGUUGGGUGUUUCCUUGGGUUCUUCAACUCAAAUUAGCAUGUUUGUGGUUCCACUAUGUGUGAUUGUUGCUUGGAUUAUGGGUAUCAAAAUGGAUCUCAACUUCAACCUCCUAGAGACAGGUUCUCUUGCUUUGGCAAUAAUAACCACAGCCUUCACAUUACAGGAUGGAACUUCUCACUACAUGAAAGGCCUUGUUCUCUUACUCUGCUACAUUAUAAUUGGUGCAUGCUUUUUCGUCCAAAGAACACCCUCCAACCAACUUAAUGUUCCUAAUAUAGUGCUUAAUUCAGCAACUGAAGCAGUUUUUGGAGCUUGAUCAAGCAUAUUGACCGAUUUUGGUCUCUGAGAUGAAAGAGUGCAGCAUCCAAACUGAGAAAAAGAUUCAAUGGAUUUGUUAUUUGUUGAUUUUAAUUAUUGUCAUCCCCUGAGAAAGCUGAAGAAGUUUGCAUGCAGUAGCUUGCAAUCGAUUUGGUUGUCUGUGUAUAUAGUUCUCUUCACAGGAUUUUGUCUCAAGAUUUUCAUUUCAUAAUGUAAUAUAGAUGAGAGUUCUGGCAUGGCUUUAAAAUAAAAUGAGAACAGUUCCUUUUGAGGUCA